AUGGCAGACUUUGUCGAGAGCUUCUUGCCAAGUAUGGCGCACGUUCUGGUGCGUUUUGGUCACUGGGAGGAGGUCCUUGACCUUAGUCUUCCUACCGAUCGCGAUACAUAUUGCGUGACUACCGCAACCAUAUACUACGCUCGCGGUCUGGCAUUAGGUGCGCUUGGACGGAUUGAAGAAGCCGAAGCCGCCCAGAGGGAAUUCGAAGCGGCGCGUAAGGCUGUCCCCAGCUCCCGACUCAACAGUAUCCCAUGCAAGGAGGAAGAUGUUCUCGCAGUAGCCUCGGCUAUGCUGGCCGGUGAAUUGGAAUACCGAAAAGAGAACAUUGAAUCUGCAUUCGAUUUUCUUCGGGAGGCCAUUUCGCGCGAGGAUGCACUCGCAUACUCGGACCCGCCUCCCUGGAUGCAACCCGUCCGCCAUGCGCUCGGUGGCCUGCUCCUAGAACAGAACCGUGUUGAAGAAGCGGAGACCCUGUUCAAGCAGGAUCUUGGUUUUGCGCACAACUAUCCCCGUCGUAAGGCAAAGCUCAACAAUGUGUGGGGAUUGCAUGGCUUGUAUGAAUGUUUCACUCGCCUUAGGAAGACCGACGAAGUGGCGUUUCUUCAACCAGCGCGGGAUAUUGCUUUGGCAUCUGCUGACGUCCCAGUGAAUGUUUCGUGUUUCUGUCGGAGGUCUGCAGCAAAGGCGAGUGGAUGUUGUUCAUAA